CGUCACAGAUUAUUCGCAUGUUUUUUUUAAACAGAGCAAUCUUGCCUCACUCUGCGGUCGACUCCAUACCAACCACUGAUCCAAUCACAUACCCCUUACAUCCCUGAUUUCGCUUCAUUCUAUCGCCCGCUGUUCCUCGUAUUUUUAAGGAAAAAUACAUCCACAAAUUUUCACCAUGGCAAGCAACGAAGACAAACCGACGGUGAAAGAGGAUGAGAAUGCUGGAAGCUGGAAAGAUUCCAUCUUCAACCCAAGGACCGGGGAGUUUUGUGGGCGCACAGCGAAGAGCUGGGGUAAGAAAACCUGGACCGGGUCUGGGGGAUAGCCCACUGUCGAAAACCACAUUUGUAUUAUUUAUCAUAUUGCAAGCUAUUCCGAUUUUGAUGUGCAUAUUGUCACAUAUAGCCUAAUAUCGGAUAGUAAUAUAGUAUUAUAUCCACCCAUUCAUUCGUGGUCUCCAUCAUCACAAUCUAUUUCUGUCUAGUUGGUUUUGUGUGUGUGUGUUUGUGUGUAUGUGUGUUCUUGCGUGCAUGUGUGUUACAGCUUGUCCAUUUCAGCACUGAUUAGCUCAAGACAGAUAAAUGACACUAGCCCACCUGUAUGAAUAAUAAUUACAGACCAAUACUCAGUGUAAUUCCAUUGAGACCACAAAUGGACAUAUAGGCUCCAACUGAAAUAUGAGAUACAAGAUGGGCUUAACUUUGUAAAAAAAAAAAAAAAAAAAAUGCCUAAUUGUAAUGAUAAACUAUAAGGAAAUUAUAUUAAUUCUUAAGAUCAUAAAUUAAAUUAAUGGUCCCUUCUCAGAACAAUGUUAUCAGAAAUCAGCUAUAUCUGCUCUGUAGUGUAGUGUACAUCAGUGUAGUGUGCGCGUGUGUGUGUGUGCGUGUGUGUGUGCCUGUGCAGUUGUGUAUGUGCAUGUGAAUCCUCUGGAGCAGACCAGUCCAUGACUAUCUAACAGUAUGAUUAUAUGAAGACCUUCACUUGUGUUACAGAUGAGACACACUACCGACACACAAAGAGCAUAUGGAAAUAAAAUGUAGAUUUCUCAUUUAUGGAAUGUAUAUCCUCAAUUUAUAGCAGUAGUCUAUGGUGUCUUUGAAGAUGGUGAGCUGAGCUUGCUCUAUCAAUGGUAGCUAGCAGCUAGUAUUGGCCCUGUGCAGUGCUGUGGGAUUCUCCUCUCUCACUGUCAGAACUCCUCCUCCCACUGCUACGGAUGCAUGGCCGCCCACAUUAGCAUACUUGUCAAGGUCAAAUGGGUUUCCCUGCAGGUGCAUGAUGGGAAUGUAUCGGAGGAGAGUAGGGAGACUUGACUGUCUGUAGGCUGUAGGUGUAGUGUGGUGAACAACCUGACUGUCUGUAGGCUGUAGGUCUAGUGUGGUGAACAACCUGACUGUCUGUAGGCUGUAGGUCUAGUGUGGUGAACAACCUGACUGUCUGUAGGCUGUAGGUCUAGUGUGGUGAACAACCUGACUGUCUGUAGGCUGUAGGUCUAGUGUGGUGAACAACUUGACUGUCUGUAGGCUGUAGGUCUAGUGUGGUGAACAACCUGACUGUCUGUAGGCUGUAGGUCUAGUGUGGUGAACAACCUGACUGUCUGUAGGCUGUAGGUCUAGUGUGGGUGAACAACCUGACUGUCUGUAGGCUGUAGGUCUAGUGUGGGUGAACAACUUGACUGUCUGUAGGCUGUAGGUCUAGUGUGGGUGAACAACCUGACUGUCUGUAGGCUGUAGGUCUAGUGUGGUGAACAACCUGACUGUCUGUAGGCUGUAGGUCUAGUGUGGUGAACAACCUGACUGUCUGUAGGCUGUAGGUCUAGUGUGGUGAACAACCUGACUGUCUGUAGGCUGUAGGUCUAGUGUGGUGAACAGCCUGACUGUCUGUAGGCUGUAGGUCUAGUGUGGUGAACAACCUGACUCUCUGUAUUAAUAAGGAUGAAUGAAGUAAAACACAUUAAUAAGGAUGAAUUAUAUAAAAUACAUUAAUAAAAUACAUUUGUCUCUCUCUCUCCCCAACCCUCCCUUUGUCUCUCUCUCUCUCUCUCUCUCUCUCUCUCUCUCUCUCUCUCUCUCUCUCUCUCUCUCUCUCUCUCUCUCUCUCUCUCUCUCCUCCUCUCUCUCCUCUCUCCUCUCUCUCUCUCUCUCUCUCUCCAGGCCUCAUCCUCCUGUUCUACCUGGUGUUCUAUGCGUUCCUGGCUGGGAUGUUUGUCCUCACCAUUUGGGUCAUGCUGCUGACGCUAGACGACUAUGUGCCAAAGUACCGCGACCGGGUGCCACACCCAGGUAAGUAGCACCACAGGGAGAUUAUUUAUUCAAUCAACCAACCAAUAAAUCUAAUAACCAAUCAACUAACUAACCAACCAACCAUUCAUUAAAUUAAUCUUAUCUCCCUCAUUAACCUUAAGCAUCAGUUGUCAGCGCAGCUUACCGAUCACUGUACCUGUACACAGCCCAUCUGUAAUUAGCCCAUCCAAGUACCUCAUCCCCAUAUUGUUAUUUACAUUGUUAUUUAUUUUGCUCAUUUGCACCCCAGUAUCUCUAUUUGCACAUCUUCUGCACAUCUAUCACUCCAGUGUUAAUACUAAAUUGUAAUUAUUUUGCACUAUGGCCUAUUUAUUGCCUUACCUCCAUAACUUACUACAUUUGCACACACUGUAUAUAGAUUUUCUAUUGUGUUAUUGACUGUACGUUUUUGUUUAUUCCAUAUGUAACUCGUUGUUGUUGUUUUUAUCGCACUGCUUUGCUUUAUCUUGGCCAGGUCACAGUUGUAAAUGAGAACUUGUUCUCAACUGGCUUACCUGGUUAAAUAAAGGUUAAAUAAAAUAAAAAAAUAAUAAUAAUCAGAUUGGAAGAUUAUUGAUUAUUGGGAGAUUAUUAGAGCACAGGGUUGUUCUGAGGGAAAACGAAUAUCCAAGAAGUGCUGUAUUUUGCAGAUUUUGAGCACAAAAUCUUUCGGUUCAGGACAGGUAGUCAGCUUUUUUCAAACCAGAGAAUCCUCUGGACUACUAUUGGUCAGUAUUGCCCAGUAGGUACUAUAUGGCUGCUGUUGAAAGGAUUUCUGGUCUGAACGGUAAUGCUAAUGGUAAUGGCCAGACUCUUUAUAUACUGUUUGUUUGGCAACACUUUAUUUAAAGGCUACCUAUAUAAGGAUGAAUGUGGUAUGUACGGGUUAUGAAUGGGUUAUGUACGGGUUAUGAAUGGGUUAUGUAUGGGUCAUGAAUGUGGUAUGGAUUAUGAAUAUGUUAUGUACAGGUUAUGAAUGGGUUAUGAAUGUGUUAUGUAUGGGUUAUGAAUGGGUUAUGUAUGGGUUAUGAAUGUGGUAUGUAUGGGUUAUGAAUGUGGUAUGUAUGGGUUAUGAAUGUGGUAUGUGUGGGUUAUGAAUGAGUUAUGAAGCCCUUAUGUAGGUAUAUUUCAAAUGAAGUGUUACUGUAUGUGUCUGAGUUUUACCACACAACACUGGUGACCCUGAUUUCUUUGUUAGUGGAUUUAAUUUUAAAAAAUGUAAUAUGCCAUUUAGCAGAUGCUUUUAUCCAAAGCGACUUACAGUCAUGUGUGCAUACAUUUUUGUGUAUGGGUGGUCCCGGGGAUCGAACCCACUACCUUGGCGUUACAAGCGCCGUGCUCUACCAGCUGAGCUACAGAGGUUUGAACUAUGUUGUACCAUGUCGUUUUGAUGAUGUUAGUGGAUUGAACUAUGUUUUACCAUGUAGUUUUGAUGAUGUUAGUGGAUUGAACUAUGUUUUACCAUGUAGUUUUGAUGAUGUUAGUGGAUUGAACUAUGUUUUACCAUGUCGUUUUGAUGAUGUUAGUGGAUUGAACUAUGUUUUACCAUGUCGUUUUGAUGAUGUUAGUGGAUUGAACUAUGUUUUACCAUGUAGUUUUGAUGACCCUGAAGGAAGUUGUGAUCUCAUACUGUACUCUCUGUCCCUUAGGGUUGGUCAUCCGGCCAAAGCAGUUGGACAUGCUGUUUAACAGAUCACAGCGUCUCCAGUACGACCCAUAUGUCCAGACCUUAGAGUCUUUCCUGCAACGUGAGUAUUAGUAUUUUUAUCUUGUCUCCUUGCAAAAUCUGUGCCCCUUCUCUCUCACUGUCUCUCUCUCUCUCUCACACCCUCUCUCUCUCUUUCUCUCUCUCUCACUCACUCUCUCUCUCCCUCUCCCUCUCCCACUCUCUCUCUCUCUCUCUCUCUCCCUCUCUCUCUCUCUCUCUCUCCCUCUCUCUCUCUCUCUCUCUAACUCACCUUCUUUCUCUCUCUCUCUAAAUGUCCUUUUCAAUAAGAUAUUUAAAUGUUCAAUAAGAGAUACAGAGAUACAGUGUUGCCAUAUAGUUCAGUGACAAUUCAAUCAAAGCAUAGGGGGAUGGUUAAAACUAGCAUGAAAUGAUACGUUAACAAUUACACACACAAAUAUCAGCCUGAGGUGAGUUUAUCUUGUAGCCAAUGUCUUAUUUAUCUCAACAACCCAGCUUCAAUAGAGGAACAAACAUCAAAAUGUUUUAACAGUCAAUCAUCUGUGCAUGAACUGGGUCGUUACCACGGUAACUACAGUGGGGAGAACAAGUUUUUGAUACACUGCCGAUUUUGCAGGUUUUCCUACUUACAAAGCAUGUAGAGGUCUGUAAUUUUUAUCAUAGGUACACUUCAACUGUGAGAGACGGAAUCCAGAAAAUCACAUUGUAUGAUUUUUAAGUAAUUCAUUUGCAUUUUAUUGCAUGACAUAAGUAUUUGAUACAUCAGAAAAGCAGAACUUAAUAUUUGGUACAGAAACCUUUGUUUGCAAUUACAGAGAUCAUACGUUUCCUGUAGGUCUUGACCAGGUUUGCACACACUGCAGCAGGGAUUUUGGCCCACUCCUCCAUACAGACCUUCUCCAGAUCCUUCAGGUUUCGGGGCUGUCGCUGGGCAAUACAGACUUUCAGCUCACUCCAAAGAUUUUCUAUUGGGUUCAGGUCUGGAGACUGGCUAGGCCACUCCAGGACCUUGAGAUGCUUCUUACGAAGCCACUCCUUAGUUGCCCUGGCUGUGUGUUUCGGGUCGUUGUCAUGCUGGAAGACCCAGCCACGACCCAACUUCAAUGCUCUUACUGAGGGAAGGAGGUAGUUGGCCAAGAUCUCGCGAUACAUGGCCCCAUCCAUCCUCCCCUCAAUACGGUGCAGUCGUCCUGUCCCCUUUGCAGAAAAGCAUCCCCAAAGAAUGAUGUUUCCACCUCCAUGCUUCACGGUUGGGAUGGUGUUCUUGGGGUUGUACUCAUCCUUCUUCUUCCUCCAAACACGGCGAGUGGAGUUUAGACCAAAAAGCUCAAUUUUUAUCUCAUCAGACCACAUGACCUUCUCCCAUUCCUCCUCUGGAUCAUCCAGAUGGUCAUUGGCAAACUUCAGACGGGCCUGGACAUGCGCUGGCUUGAGCAGGGGGACCUUGAGUGCGCUGCAGGAUUUUAAUCCAUGACGGCGUAGUGUGUUACUAAUGGUUUUCUUUGAGACUGUGGUCCCAGCUCUCUUCAGGUCAUUGACCAGGUCCUGCCGUGUAGUUCUGGGCUGAUCCCUCACCUUCCUCAUGAUCAUUGAUGCCCCACGAGGUGAGAUCUUGCAUGGAGCCCCAGACUGAGGGUGAUUGACCGUCAUCUUGAACUUCUUCCAUUUUCUAAUAAUUGCGCCAACAGUUGUUGCCUUCUCACCAAGCUGCUUGCCUAUUGUCCUGUAGCCCAUCCCAGCCUUGUGCAGGUCUACAAUUUUAUCCCUGAUGUCCUUACACAGCUCUCUGGUCUUGGCCAUUGUGGAGAGGUUGGAGUCUGUUUGAUUGAGUGUGUGGACAGGUGUCUUUUAUACAGGUAACGAGUUCAAACAGGUGCAGUUAAUACAGGUAAUGAGUGGAGAACAGGAGGGCUUCUUAAAGAAAAACUAACAGGUCUGUGAGAGCCGGAAUUCUUACUGGUUGGUAGGUGAUCAAAUACUUAUGUCAUGCAAUAAAAUGCAAAUUAAUUACUUAAAAAUCAUACAAUGUGAUUUUCUGGAUUUUUGUUUUAGAUUCCGUCUCUCACAGUUGAAGUGUACAUAUGAUAAAAAAUUACAGACCUCUACAUGCUUUGUAAGUAGGAAAACCUGCAAAAUCGGCAGUGUAUCAAAUACUUGUUCUCCCCACUGUAGCUCACCUCUGAUGGUUCCGUCUUGUCAUACAAAUCUUUCGCUAUUGUCUUUUGUCAGAGUACAACGACACGGAGCAGGAGAGGAACGAGGCAUGCCUGGCGGGGGACUACUUUGAGCAGGAGGGCAAGGUGGGCGAGCAGAGGAAGGCGUGUCAGUUCAAGAGGAGUUCUCUGAGCCGCUGCUCCGGCCUGUCCGACUCCACCUUCGGUUACGCUGAGGGGAGACCAUGUGUCCUCCUCAAAAUGAAUAGGGUACCUCCUCCUUUUCCCUCUUGUCUUUGAAUACAUGGUUGUGUCCUAAUUAUCUGCCUUUCCGAAGUGUGUACUGUACUUGCACACUGUCAUGGAUUAAAGCAUUGGUUGGAUGGAGUUUCUACCAUUGUUCAAUCCAUGACGGGGAGUGUGCAAGGGCACAUUUAGGGAAAAUGGUAGAGAAUUGGGACGAAGCCAAGACUCUUUCUUUGGAUGCAUGUAAUUGACCUCAAUACAGUUGGGUCCUAAUGAGGUGCACAUUGGAUAAGUGCAGACCACAGGAGGUUGGUGGCACCUUAAUUGGGGAGGACGGGCUCGUGGUAAUGGCUGGAGUGGAAUCAGUGGAAUGGCAUCAAAUACAUUCCAUUCGUUCUGUUCCAGCCAUUAUUAUGGGCCAUCCUCCCCUCAGCAGCCUCCACUGGUGCAGACCGAAUUAAAUUCAGGGCAGUUCACCAGUCCCAAUUCCAAAUGCAUUGUUCAGUGGACGCAUUCACAAGAGCCUCGAGCUAUUGCAUGUAUCAGUAGAUGACAUUAGCCCCAUAGUGGAUUUCUCUCCUUCUUCUCAAUCUAGAUCUUCCAUUUGCCUCUCUUUGUUACCAUUCUCUAUUAGUGUGUUUUGCUGUCCUUCUCUAUCAUUGUCUGUGUUUCGAUAUCAUUGGAUUACUCAGAGUAGACCACAUUGAUAAUAAUGGUGUUAACGAGACGAUUGUCUGAUUGCGGCUCUCUGAUUUGGUUAAUUGGUGUUCCAUUCACAGAUCAUUGGGCUGAAGCCACGUGGAGAUCCCUAUGUCAACUGCACGGCAAAGGUAAACGUCGUCAUGAUUUCAGUAUGUGUGCUUUUGUCUCUGUGUGUUUGAAGAUAGUAAAAUACUCUGGUUACAUUUUAUAUCGUUUUUAGUUAUUUAUUGUUUAUCUUGAUAUUUGUGUGUUCUUUUUUCCUGAUUUGGUUUGGUUGUUGUUUUUCUGCAUGCUUCCAGUUGAAGCUUUAGGGUAAGCUUAGCGAUGUGUAAGUGUCUAACUUUAUUUUCUAAGCUAUUACAUUGUGGAAAUGACUUACAGGGUUGUUUUGUUAUCUCUCUCUCUCCCCACCACCUUGUUAUGUUCUUGAUUCCCAGUCUCUUUUCCAUCUUUUGGUCCAGUUUGAUGCAGUACAGCAAUGUUAUUAUAGGAAACGUAUAGAACCUUUCAGUGUUAUAAUCAAACCAGUGUUAAUAUUAUAAGAACUGGCCAUUGAGUCUGACCUCUCAUAGACCCCAGAAAGAGCAACUGUUGCUUAAUGUAACAGCUAAUGGCGUUAGAGUACAGUGUAUGCAACAUAAGGAAUAUUUCCAAUUCUUAGAUAAUAUUUUAUUCUUACAUACUCAUAUGGACUUGUGUAGAUCUGAAAAGAUUGGAUAGGUGUGAGCAAUAUGUAAAAAAUGCCACAUAAUAGAGGGCAAAGUGGACCAUAGUACCUACUAUAUAUAGUAUCAGUCAAGAGUUUGGACAUAACCUACUCAUUCAAGGGUUUUUCUUUAUUUUUACUAUUUUCUACAUUGUAGAAUAAUAGUGAAAACAUCAAAACUAUGAAAUAACACAUAUGCAAUCAUGUAGUAACCCAAAAAGUAUUAAACAAAUCAAAGUAUAUUUUAGACUUUAGAUUCUUCAAAGUAGCCACCAUUUGCCUUGAAGACAGCUUUGCACACUCUUGGCAUUCUUUCAACCAGCUUCAUGAGGAAUGCUUUUCCAACAGUUUUGAAGGAUUUCCCACAUAUGCUGAGCACUUGUUGGCUGCAUUUUCUUCACUCUGCGGUCCAACUCAUCCCACACCAUCAUACCUCCUCCUCCAUGCUUCACGGUGGGAACCACACAUGCGGAGAUCAUCUGUUCACCUGAGAGAAUGCCAAGAGUGUGCAAAGCUGUCAUCAAGGCAAAGGGUGGCUACUUUGAAGAAUCUCAAAUAUAAAAUAUAUUUUGAUUUGUUUAACACUUUUUUUUGGUUACUACAUGAUUCCAUAUGUGUUAUUUCAUAGUUUUGAUGUCUUCACUAUUAUUCUACAAUGGUGAAAAUAGUAAAAAUAAAAAAUUAACCUGGAAUGAGUAGGUGUGUCCAAACUUUUGACUGGUACUGUAUACUUAUCCAACCCUAUUACCAUAAUACCUACUGUAUAUACAUAUCAGAGGAGACCGUCUUCCUAAAGCUCCUCACACCAGCCUCCUCUGAUACCUAUGGAGCCCUUUCAGAUCUACAUAAAGUCCCAAGGCUGACGCCUGACACCUGACACCUGACGCCUGACGCCUGACGGUCCAUUUGGGAUAGGAUAGACUUAUUCUUCCUCUUCUAGCGUUCUCUUGGGUUUGACUAUUAUUGCUUCUGUUCCUUCUCCUCCUCUUCAGAGAGACACCCCCGUACAGAUGCAGUACUUCCCCAGUGAGGGGCGCUUCGAUAAAAUGUAUUUCCCUUACUACGGCAACAAACUUCAUGUAAGUUUGGGGUCAAAGGUCAAUAUUUGUCAAUUUCUGAUGUCUUGUCGUACUGGUUGGUUGGCGCUUGAUGGGAAAGCAUUACUGUACAAUGAUGCAAGAAUUUGGAAGACUGUUGGAUGGACGUAUGAGAUAUUCAACAGUCCAUGUUGGUGAGAUAUUCAACAGGCCGUGUUGGUGAGAUAUUCAACAGGCCAUGUUGGUGAGAUAUUCAACAGGCCGUGUUGGUGAGAUAUUCAACAGGCCGUGUUGGUGAGAUAUUCAACAGGCCAUGUUGGUGAGAUAUUCAACAGGCCAUGUUGGUGAGAUAUUCAACAGUCCAUGUUGGUGAGAUAUUCAACAGGCCGUGUUGGUGAGAUAUUCAACAGGCCGUGUUGGUGAGAUAUUCAACAGGCCAUGUUGGUGAGAUAUUCAACAGGCCAUGUUGGUGAGAUAUUCAACAGGCCAUGUUGGUGAGAUAUUCAACAGGCCAUGUUGGUGAGAUAUUCAACAGGCCAUGUUGGUCAGUGAUCUUAUUUUUUGCUUUGUCCUUCUUUCCUACCCUCUUUGUCUCUCUCUCUCCCCAACCCUCCCUUUGUCUCAUUCUCUCUCUCCUCUCUCUCGCUCUCUCCUCUCUCUCUCUCUCUCUCCUCCCAACCCUCCCUCCCCCCUCUCCUUUUUCCGUCCUCUCUCCUCCUCUCUCAUUUUCCUCCCUCUCUCUUUGCUUCUCUCCUCCUCUCUCCUUUGUCUCUCCUCUCCCUUCUCUCGCUCUCUCUCUCUCUCUCUCUCUCUCUCCUCUCUCUCUCUAUCUCUCUCUCCCCACCCCCUCCCUUUUCUCUCCACUCCUCUUUCCCUCUCUCUUUCUCUCUCUCUUUCUCUCUCCUCUCUCUCCCCCCCCUCUCUUCUCUCUUCUCCCCCUCUCUCUCCUCCCCCCACCUCUCUUCUCCCCCUCUCCCCCACCUCUUCUCCCGCUCCCCCCCCCCCACCUCUCUCUCCCCCUCUACCUCUGUCCCCCCUCCCCCCCCCCCCACCUCUCUUCUCCCCCUCUCCCCCCCCCACCUCUCUUCUCCCCUCUACCCCCCCCCCCUCUCUCUCCCCCUCUACCCCCCCCCACCUUUUCUUCUCCCCCUCAAACCCCCCCCCCCCCACCUCUUUUCCCCUCCCCCUCUACUCCCUUCACCCCCCCCCACCUCUCUUCUCCCCCUCUACCCCUCUGUCAAACCCCCCCACCUCUCUUCUCCCCUCUACUCCUGUCUCCCCCCCCCCCACCUCUCUUCCCCCUACCCCCCCCACCUCUCUUCCCCCUCUAACCCCCCCCCACCUCCUCUUCUCCCCUCUACUCUCUGUCUACCCCCCCACCUUCUUCUUCUCCCCCCAAACCCCCCCACCUCUCUUCUCCCCCCUCAAACCCCCCCCACCUCUCUUCUCCCCCUCUAUCCCCCCCCUCUCUUCUCCCCCUCCUCCCCCUCCCCCCACCUCUCUUCUCCCCCUCUCUCUCUGUCUACCCCCCACCUCUUCUUCUCCCCCCCCUACCCCCCCCCCCACCUCUCUUUUUCCCCCUCUACCCCUCUGUCUACCCCCCCCCCACCUUCUUCUCCUCCCUCAACCCUCUAAACCCCCCCACCUCUCUUCUCCCCCCCCCCCCCCCCACCUCUCUUCUCCCCCCUCUACUCUCUGUCUACCCCCUAACCCCCCCCCCCACAUCUCUUCUCCCCCUCUACUCUCUGUCUACCCCCCCACCUCUCUUCUCCCCCCCUCUACCCCCCACCUCUCUUCUCCCCCUCUACACCCCCCCACCCUCUCUCUCUCCCCCCCCUCCCACCCUCCUUCUCCCCCUCUACCCUCGUCUACCCCCCCCCCCUCUCUUCUCUCCCCCCACCUCUCUGUCUAACCCCCCCCACCUCUCUCUUCUCCCCCCUCUACUCUCUGUCUACCCCCCCUCCCCACACCUCUCUUCUUCUCCCCCUCUACCUCCCCCCCCCCCCCUCCCCACCUCUCUCUCUCCCCGCCUACCCCCCCCCCCCCCCCCCCCCUCCCCCCACCUCUCUUCUUCUCCCCCUCUACUCUCUGUCUACAGGAGAGGUAUGUGCAGCCCCUGGUUGCUGUUAAGCUGUUGCUGAACAAGGAGGACUACAACACGGAGCUGACCAUAGAAUGCCGGAUCGAGGGAUCCGACCUGCGCAACAACGACGACCGAGACAAGUUCCUGGGCCGCGUCACCUUCCGAAUCACAGUCAAAGAGUAGGGAAUAGUGAAGAGGAGGCUAGUGUGGAGAAAUGUGGUUCUGACCUCCCCCGGAAGAUUCCUGGUAGAAUAAGAUGGGCCUAAUUACAAACCAAUCCCUCCACCCUCACUCCAUAUCCUAGGCGAGGGACAUUCAAACCUGGUAUUUUUCACUUCACCUUGGUAGUUCAUUGAUUGGUCAGAUAAUCUACUCACCUGUUGUUAUAGGUCAGUCUCUAGUUAGACAGGAUGGGGAAGGAUUCAAACCAGCAGUGCUGUGAACCCCGAAUCCCAGAUUUGAAUACCCUUCUCUUAGGCUCUUGUUGACUCCAUCUUGUAUUUCUGAUAGGGUUGGAUAUGUGU